AUGGCAAUCCAUAUUUCAAAAACAUGUAACUCUGCCUUCUAUUAUUUGUAUAAUCUGAGACGCAUAAGAAAAUUUCUAUCUGAAGACAACACCAAGACUCUGAUUCAUGCCUUUAUUUCAAGCAGAGACGAUUACUGUAACAGUCUUUUAUAUGGCCUGCCGGAGUAUCAACUCAAUAAGCUACAGCGUGUGCAGAACAUGUGUGCUAGAUUAAUAUGCAAUGAAAGUAAAUAUUGCCACAUUACUCCUUUAUUAGUAGAUUUACAUUGGCUACCUGUAAAGUUCAGAAUUGAAUUUAAAAUCCUGUUGAUUGUUUUUAAUAUUUAUAAGGGCUUAGCACCUUCAUACUUAAGAUUUUUAAUUACUCCUAAGCCUGUAUCUAAUUAUAAUUUAAGAAGUUCUAGCGACAGUACCCUACUUAGUUAUCCGAAUGUUAAGCCCAAGGCAACUCUCGGUGAACGGGCCUUUCUGUUUGCUGCACCUAAGCUAUGGAAUGCUGUGCCAAGAUUUAUUAGGGAAUCCAUUUCAGUUGACACUUUUAAGAGAAAGUUGA